GUAUUGUGUCCAAGUCCUAUGAGUGCCGACUGAAGGGGCAAGGAGCAACCUUUGUGGAAACUACGAGUCCUUUUACUGCAGCAGCACUGGGAGAGGUUUCUCCAGUUAAAGAGAAGGUCUUUCGGGGCAGUAGAAGACAGCCACAGUCACCUGAAGAAGUUCAGCAAGUUAUUAUUAUUCAAGGAUACGAUCGCGACUUUGCAAUUGAUGCCUCUGUGGAAGAAACAGCAGCAGCUACCCUUCAGACUCUAGCAAUGGCUGGUCAGAUGGCCAGGGUGGUCCAUAUUACAGAAGACGGGCAAGUCAUAGCUACAAAUCAAAACGGCUCACACAUGAGUAGUAUGGUUCCAGGGCGGAUCCUUACCGAGCAGUUAGCAGAUGGUGCAACACAGGUGGUAGUGGUUGAAGGAACAGGAACUGAUAUGGAGGAGGCCGUUCAAAUAGACGCAGUUCCUGACUCCAGUAGCGCUGUACUGCAGCAGAUAAUGCAACAAGAAGUUUUAGAUGCUUCUGAAGCUACAAUCCAUCCUCCAGACUCCUCCUCGGCAUUAGAUGCCCUGCUUUGCGCUGUAACAGAGCUGGGUGAAGUGGAAAACAAAUCUGGUCUCCUUGACAGAUGCAGGUCUAGUCGCAAAGAUUUCUUGCAAAUGCCAAACCCAGAGACGCCCAGCAUUCCCAGUGACGCAGAGGGACAAGAAAUACAAAUGUUCCAUGAAGUUCAAGAGACUCAGGAAGAUACUGAACCUAUGGAAGUAGUGACGCAGGUCAUGCACCCAUCGGCUAUAAUUGCAUCUCAGGAGAGUGCUCAGGCUGCCUUCAAGAAAAUGGUCCAAGGAGUAUUACAGUUUGCUGUAUGUGAUACGGCUGCAGCCGACCAGCUGAUGAAAGAAGGUGUCACUCAGGUCAUUGUAAAUGAGGAAGGGACUGUGCAUAUGGUAGCUAGAGAAGGUUCUCAGAUAAUUAUGCAGGAAACUGGUGGCCACGCGCUCAGUGUCCAAAGCGAGCACGUGGAUCUAGUUGAGUCGGAUGGGGAAAUACAACAGAUUAUUGUCACAGAAGAAAUAGCUCAAGCCAUGGUUCAGGGUUCUGAUGGCAACUUCUCUGAAGGUGCAACCCACUACAUUGUCACAGAAUUGCCACCAGACAUGCAGGAUGAGCCUGGUGUGUACUCGCAUGCUGUGAUAGAGACAGCUGGGUCUCAAGAGAUUUUGCAGGCUGGUACUGCUAUAAAAGCAGAAGCUGUAUCCCCUGAUAGAGCAGGAGAACAGUUAACAAGCAUGGUCAUUUAUACAGAGGGUGGCUCACAAGUGAUUCAAGGCCAGAGAGGUGAUAACGAAGUACAAGAAGCAUGA